CAUAAUACGUGGAAUAAAACAGCUGCCGACAAGGUAGAGCCAUACGAUGCCACCAAUCGAUGACUUUUUUGCCUUUACCAACGACGACUUUAGUUCGCCUCCGCAACAAAAGAAGAGAAAAAAGAAGAAGAGUGUCAAAACUGAGAUUAAUGAACUCGGAAGCCGCCAACUGUUAGGAGAAAAGAUAAGCGAUACAAAAGUAUCCAUCAAAAAAAAUAGAAAUACUGUGCAACCUAGUGAUGCUGUUGAAAUAGAGGAAGUGGAAGACGAUGCCAAAGACGAAGCUGCUUUGGCAAACCUGCUAGGACUUUCGGUAUCAUCUCCCCUCCCCAUUGUUGAUGCAAGCGUCUCCACUGACACAACAAACACCAACGAGGAAGUAAGGUCUUCAAUGAGCGAUCGGGAAUCUCGACUAUUAAAUCGUACAACAAUAGCAACUGAAUCUGCCACAAAAGUAACUAUUAGUCAGACUCAAACAAAUAACAACAACUCAGCCGCAGAUCCCGACGAUUUUCUCAGCUCCAUAAACAGCUAUGUAACAUCGAUUAAGGAGAAAGAGCACGAAAUUCAAGAUCUACUUCAAUCUCAUCAGCAAGAAGAAAUUGUAAUAAAUGGAGUUAAAAUUUCUCCUAAAUCAGUAAAGUUUGAGUUUCACAUUGACAUCCAAGCUGCCGGUCAAGUUUCUGGAUCUUACGAUUUACAAGUCAAAGGAUCAACUAAAAUAUCGAAGAUUGUCAAUACUUUGAUGCCUCUGUUCAACAAAGAGGCCAAUCCACAAUGUCCUGCCAACGAGUGGGGGUCACUUGUCAUAUAUGUAAAAAACUUGAAUAUUAUACUUCAUCCGUCCUUACGAUGUAUGUCUUUGCUAGGAUACAAGAGUCAACUCUUACCCUCCUCGAAUGGUGCAGAUUAUGAACUGCAUGCAAUCAUAGCCACAGAAGAGUAUGCACAAUUAAUUCAAGAAGAAGAACGCAAGAAAAAGUUAGAGGAGAAUGUUUCUCAUAGGAAAGAGAAUAACGAGACUGAUGAUGCCUUUUUCAAUUUUAUUAUUGUAGACCCACAAAGAGAAAACAAACUAGCACAAGAUACAGAAGUGAUUGAUCUUGAAAAUGAUGAAGCAAUUGAUACCAAAUCAAAAUCGAAAUUCACUCUGGCUUUAUCUGUAUUGCAAAGUAUGACUGUUUCGGAAUUGCUAAUGCUUUUUAAAUAUAAAGCUCGUCUUCCCAAUGAAUUGAAUACGCAAAUAUUUAGGGACAAUGCAUUGUUAGAUCCGACAAGAAGGCUCGAUGAACUUGGCGCUAUAGAUAAACAAAUUUUAGAGGUGAAAUACAGUCUAGAUGAAUUAAGUGAGUUACAAGCUGAAGGAGGAGAGUUAGAUAUGGUAGAAGAAGAUGAUUUUGAUUUGGAAGAAAUACAAAAGGACAUGACCGCUACAAAUGAACAUAUCCCUAAUGACGUUGAUUCAAGGACGGAAUAUUUCUCUAUUUUUGUUGCAGGUAGUGACAAAAAGAGGUUUAAAGUAAGCGUUAAACCCAGCACCAAAAUAUCUGAUAUACUGAAUUUCUAUCGGCAAAAAUCAGGUCUUCCGUCCAGCACUAACCUGAAACUGGUCUUUGAUGAUGAUGAUAUGGAUCUGAAUGCUACUGUUGCUGAUACAGAAUUGGAAGAUGAGUUUAUGAUUGAUGCUGUAAUUCUGAACAGCUGAAGGUUAUAUACAGUCUUAGAAUCAAAAAAAAAGUAUGUAAGAAAAACGUUUAUAAAUAUUUGUAUCAAAUUAGUAAUAAUGUACAACAGGAAUGU